UAGACCUAGCCUGGCUCUUUCCAAAAAAACACUUUCUCAUCUAUUCAUAUUCACAUUUUAUAUUCAAACAUUUGAAAAACCCUAAACAUGGUUUAUUUCUCAUUGAAGAGAGACAGGGAAGCUGAGCAUUUCGAUGAAAGUAUCACAAACAUGGCCAACUACUUCAUUCUACUCUCUCGCGGCAACAUAGUGAUCGAUAAUUCUCCGACGGCGGCGCGUGUCUUCGAAUGCAAGACAUGCAACCGCCAAUUCCCCUCAUUUCAAGCCCUAGGUGGCCACCGAGCAAGCCACAAAAAGCCUAGACUCAUGGGACUUGAUCCCUUGGAAGAUCAUGAACAAGAGGAGUUGUCACCGGCUAAACCUAAAGUUCAUGAGUGCUCGAUUUGCGGACUAGAGUUCGCUAUAGGACAAGCCUUGGGAGGUCACAUGAGGCGGCAUAGAGGUGGAGGUAGCGGCAGCCCUACCGUGAAUGAGAAAAUUAAUCAUCUUAUUCCGGUUGUGAAGAAGUCAAAUAGUAGAAGAAUUAUGAGUUUGGAUCUUAAUUUGACACCUUUAGAAAAUGAUAUUGAGUUUCGACUUGGAAUCGAGGAGAGGAGAACUGAUAGCUUAACAAUAACUUCCGGUAAAGAAUAAUUUCUUAUAAUAUAUUGAGACAGGUUUAUGUAUAUCGCCUCUGAUCAUUCAUAUAUGGGUGUAGGGUUUAGAUUGCUUCAAUUUUUGUAUGAUGAAAUGCUACUGUACAUACAACAGAUUUUGAUCAAGAUCAUUUGUUUAUAGAAAUAAGAAUUAUUAAGUCAAGCAAUGUA